GCGGCGGCGGCGGCGGCGGCGGCGGCGGGACCGGCAGCAGCACCAAGAAGAAGAAGUCCCUGUGCCCCUCGCCCGUCUUCCGCGUGGCCAGCACAUCUCGCGACAUGAGCGUCAUGCGAGGCGCGAGCCUGCGCACGCUGCCGCUCGAGCUGGGCAUGCGGGCUGCCACGGCCAUCGGGGAGAAGUACAUCACGACCGUGGCCGCGCCCGUGGUUGGCGUGGUGCAGACGGGCGUGAAGCGGGUCGAGCCGAUGGUCAUGAGCCAGAACCCGCGCGCCAUGGCCGCGAUCAGAGCCGGUGCGUCAGAGGGGCUCGUGAUGGCGGAAGAUCGAUAUGCCCCCAUCCGACACGCGACGUGGGACUCUCUGUACGAGACGAGCAUUACAGACUCGCCUCCGGAGAUGGUGGGCAGUGACGACGGGCCCGAGCACCCCUUCCCGAUACACAUGCAUGGGAAAGUGGCCAAAGGCACGGGGCGAAGCCGCGCCGAUACAGGCUUCCCCACGGCGAACCUGGUUGGGGUGCCUGGCAAUCUGCUGCUUCGACUCGGGGGGGUGUAUGUCGGCUGGGCUGCAGUGUCAGACCAAGGACGAUCCUACAGCGAGCGUCGUGACUUGCACAAAGCUAUCGUCGUCGUCGGCCCGCCCAUGUACGGGCCGGUGCAGGUUGCCGCGAAGAACACGGCAGUCGCCCACCUGAUCCAAGAGUCGGGCGAUCCGAUGCCUGACAUGCUGGAUGCGAGGAUAGACAUCAUCAUCAUGGCCCACCUCCGCCCUCUGCUCCCUCGCGACCCGCCGCCCCCGCCGACACGCAUCACCGCCGUCAUGCGCGAGAACAUUUCUGUGGCGAUAGCGAGCCUCAGCCGCGACACCUGGCACCACCGCCACCAGAAGCAUCUGCUCGAGGCUGCGUCGGUGCGGAACCCGCUGGUCAAGGCGCUCAAGACGCACAAGAGCCUUGGCGACUUUGCGGCGCAUGCGAGUGCCGGGCUGCAGAGGAGGGUGGACAGCGUGCCGCUGCACUGGGCGGGGAUCCGGACGGAGGGGAGCGAGUUGAAGGACCAUACCUAUGGGACUGGUGGGUUCUACAUCAAGCGUUGAGGUUCUCGGAUUGUGGUGGAAGCUUAAGUUCUUGACCUCCGCCCUAUCUUGGCGUGAUGAAUGAAUGCUUUGAGGGGCAUGUGCGAGCCGGAGCAGUGCAGAUUGGUAUUAAUACAGAAGAGAUACAUGCAUGCCUGCGAGAGAUAUAAU